AUGCGCUCCUCUUCGCUACAGCAGAAGGUAGCCCUUCCCCUCUGCCGCCGCCUCCACACGCGCGCCAGCCUCUCGACCGCCUCCGUCCUCCCCCCCCUCGCCUCGCCGGCGGGCCGACCCUCGCUCCCCAGAGCCGGCCGCUGCUUCUCCCGCACGACGCCCGCAUACCUGCCGCGGCGCCGGAACUUCUUCACCUCGAACGUGCUGAUGCAACAGGACGGCUCCGAGAGCUCCCCCGGCCAGAAUGGAGGAUCCAGGAAGACGGAGCGGGCGGCGCUGGAGCAACAGCAGCAGCAGCAGCAGCAGCAAGGUUCAGCUUCCAAGAGGAAACCGCGGCCCUCGGCCGGCGCCAAGAACUCGCUGCGCAGGGUCGCCGUGAUCGCCCAACAGCCGGGCGGCAGGGUGCCCGGGCAGCCGUCGACGACGGCCGCCGAGGCCAUGGCAGAGCUCAGCGAGAAGGACGGGAGCUCGACCAUCAGCGCCGUGUGCGUCGCGGAGUCGUUCGACAUGGAGAAGGUGAUGGAGAUCUUGCAGUCGCACGGCUUCCUCAUCGACCCCGACGGGUCCGGGUUCGAGCUGCACGAGGUCGUGCACGCGCGCGGCGAGAACAAGGGCGACAUCUUCGUCUUUGAGUCCGGCACCAUCGUCACCUGGGCCCUGCCGCAAGACGUCGUGAACAGGCUGGCGACCAGACAGCUCCUGCCGGCUGCGGAAGACCCCUUCGUCUCGCGGAUGGAGACGGAGGACCUCGAGUUCCUGUCGGACCCGUCGCGGGAAGCGAGCGUCAUGAAGGGGGACGUCGUCGUCCUCGGCACCCGGCGCGAGGAGCUCGACGGCGACAGGCUGGACACCACCCUGGCCAAGAUCGCCUUCUCGUCCGGCCUGGCCCGCAGCACCAAGCUCGCGGCCCUGGAGAGCUCCUUCACCAACUACUUUGAGAGCACGCGGCGCAUCCCCGCCCUGCUCGCCAAGGGCGCCAGGCUCACCCUGUCCAAGAAGUUCAUCCUGCAAAGGACGGGCGAGCUGCUCAGCCUGCGGGCGCAGCUGAACCACUACCGCGAGCUCACCGACUCCCUGCCGGACAUCUUCUGGGACAGCAGGUCGGAGCUCGGCCUCGAGGGCUACUACGAGCAGGUCGGGCGCGCCCUGGACGUGGGCGUGCGCAUCCGGACGCUGAACCAGAAGAUGGACUACGCGCAAGAGAUCGCGACUGUCCUGCGCGAGAUCUCGAGCGAGAAGCACGGCACCAGGCUCGAGUGGAUCAUCAUCAUACUCAUUGCCGUCGAGGUGCUCUUUGAGUUGAGAAGAGUCUAUCACGAAAAGACCGAAGAGCAUGAAAUGUCUGCGUCCUGA